UAUGAAGGGAAAUACACUGCUUCAGCAGAGCCUCCCUUCUAAUUCAGCGUGCUCAGCCCUCAGCAGAGAAAACACUUCUGAAAAGGAUUUGCUAGCUCCCAGCCCAGCCCCCAGUUGCUCCUUUGAAGGAAACUUGUGGGAUAUUAGGGACUGCGUCUGGGGGUGCUGGAUGGAUUAUACUAAGAAGCAUGUGGGUCUUUUUCAUCCUCUGAGAUAAGCGAAGGUUUUUAUUUCCUGGUUUUUACGUUUCAUUUAAGCCCUGUUUGCCGAGCUUAGAGGAAGCUGAAUGAACAGCUGGACAGCUGGAUAUCAGGCGCUUGUGGAGUAUGGGUACAACUGCCAGUGCAGCUCAGCAGCCAGCCCCAAUAGUGCCCCCCAGUGACAGCAUCCAAGGAAAUGGCAGUGGAAGUUCAAGUGGAGAAGACAGAAACAGCCUAAGCAUUCAUUCAUUCCAGACAGCGGGCCACCACAACAAAGCAAAAUCCAUCAUCACCAAUAAAGUUGCCCCUGUAGUUAUAACGUACAAUUGUAAAGAAGAGUUUCAGAUUCACAAUGAUUUUCUUAAAGCAAGUUACUCUGUUGGAAGGAUUUCUGAGACAAUGCCAGAACACUAUCUUGUACAGGGUAAAUAUUUCAUGGUUCAUGAUGUGUACAGCAAGCUAGAUGUUUUAAACACAACAAGUAGUUGUGGGGCGCCUAAUUUCCGUCAAGCCAAAGGAGGUUAUGAAGUCUAUGGAAUGGGGCAGCCCAGCCUUAAUGGUUUCAAACAAGUGUUGCAGAAGCUACAGAACGAUGGACAUAAGGAAUGUACGUUCUUUUGUGUCCGUGAGGAGCCAGUUGUGUUCCUGAAGUUAGAAGGUGACUUUGUGCCUUAUACUCCUAGAAGAAAGGAGAAUUUGCAUGAAAAUUUGCACAAUUUGGAGAAAGGUCAGCGAGUGGAGAAUCUGGAACUUGGUAUUCGAAGAGAGAUUUACGACUUUGCUCAGCUGAGUGGGAACAAUUAUUUUGUAUAUAAUGACAUUGAACAUUUUAAAGAUGAGCCUCACUCCGUUAAGAUUGAUUGUGAAGAAGAUACACAUGUAACAGAAGAAGUAUACAACAGACCUGUGUUCUUACUGCCAUCCUACAGGUACCAUCGUUUACCCUUGCCUGUUGAUGGUGCACCUCUAGAACCCCAGUUUGAUGCUUUUGUACAUUUUCUCAGGGAAAACCCAUCUCUCUUGCUGCUUCGUGAUGCCAGCUGUCCUCCACCAGCUCUGCUUUUCAGUUGCCAGACAGGAGUUGGCAGAACAAACUUAGCCAUGAUUCUGGGUACAUUGGUUCUCUAUCACCGUAAAGGAGCAGCUGGAGAACAGAUCGCCACCCAGAGCUCAAAUGAUUUACCAAAGGAACGCUUUCAGGUCAUACAGAGCUUCAUCAACAUGGUACCAGAUGGAGAGAAAAUUGUUGCAGAGGUCGAUCAUGCCAUUGCCUUAUGUUCUGAAAUGCAUGAUAUAAAAUCAGCCAUAUAUGAAUUCAAGAAAAAGCUUGAGGGCAUUGGUGAAGACUACCAAAUUCAGGGAAGUAGUACCAAAGAAUAUUUUCUGCGAGGAACCCUUAAUAGUCUUGAGCGUUACUUUUACCUAAUAGCUUUCAACUUCUACCUUCAUGAGCAGUACCCCUUGGCUUUUGCACUAAGUUUUAGUCGGUGGAUGUGUACUCAUCCUUGGAUUUACAGACUCCAAGCAAGCAUGAAUUUAUCAGAACUCACUGUAUCAGGAGAGUUAAUAACCAAAGGGACUCGUGUAUUGGUAUUGGAUGAUCGGUUCUCACCAGAUGUUCUAAGCACUCUGAAAGAAAUGAAGGUCGCCAACUUCAGAAGGGUUCCGAAGACGGCCAUUUAUGGCACUGCUCAACCAAACUCCAAGGCCACAUGUUGUGUCCUCAACUAUCUAACUGAUGCAAAGAGAAAAUAUUCCAACAUUCUUUGGGUGAACCUUCGAGAAGAUGUUGUACUUGAAGGCAAUGAACAAAUAUACUCUCCAAGGGAACCGGAGAACUUAGAUCAGCAGAUUGCAAUAACUUCUGCUUCACCAGAGCAGCUGGAGAAAUUAGAAGCCACAAUAGUGAAUAAUAUCCUGAGUGCACAAAAGUGGUUAGAAGUGUACCUGGAACAGGAGAAGCAGAUGAAGAUGUUUAAAACCUGUCUAACAAUGCAGGAAAUAUUCAACCAGCAGAAAGGCUCAUGUCCAGGCCUGGCAUAUAAAAGAAUUCCCUUUCCAGAGUUCUGUGCUCCUAGGGAACAGGAUUUUGACAUGAUUCUCCAGGCUAUGAAGUGUACACUUGCAGAGGACUCCAAUGCAGCCUUUGUCUUCAACUGUCAUGAAGGAAAAGGAAGGACAACAACUGCAAUGGUCAUUGGAUUGCUUAUUCUCUGGCAUUUUAAUACUAUUCCUGACAUCAGUGAGGAUGAAAUUGUUAGUGUUCCAGAUGCCAAAUACACAAAGGGAGAGUUUGAGGUAGUGAUGAAGAUUGUUCAGUUACUGCCUGAUGGACACAAAAUAAAGAAAGAAGUAGAUAUGGCACUUGACAGUGUCAGUGAAACCAUGACUCCUAUGCAUUAUCACUUACGAGAGAUCAUUAUAUGCACUUACAGGCAGAUUAAAACGGCCAAAAAUGUUAAAGAACUGCAACUUAUUCAGCUUCGCAGCCUUCAGUACUUGGAGAGAUACAUCUAUCUGAUUUUAUUUAAUGCCUACCUGCAUUUGGAGAAAAAGGACACAUGGCAACGACCCUUCAGCAAGUGGAUGUAUGAGGUUGCAUCCAAAGCUGGUAUCUAUGAGGUGCUUAAUCAGCUCGGCUUCAGUGAGUUCGAGAACGUGGACGAACAGCCUUUGUGCCGGUUGCGCAGUCGUUGGCAACAGCAAAAUAUAAACUCUCUUCCCUUUCGCGGAGAAUUUAUUUAAGGCUACAAAACCUACUCUUCUCUGGCUUUCAAGGGUAAUCGUUGCUUCCAGUUCACAAGAAACCUCCAAACAAAAGGCAUCAGAAAUAAAUAAUAAUAAAAUAGCGUGCCACUGUUU